AUGAACUAUAAACACUGUAUGCGGAUAUGACGCAUGCAGUACACGGAGCGUCAGAGUCCGGUAUCAGUCUAUCUAUCAGUCAGAGUCCAGGGUAAAUGUGCAUGAUAAAGUGCAGUGCGCGGGAGAGAGAGUGGGUUGUGCCUGUGCUGGGGGUAUUACAACAUUAAACGUGUACUGCAAACGGAAUCUGAUCACAAGCAUUCUAUCACUGCUGGGGAAAAAAAACACAAUAGGAACGCUCAUAUCAUUUGUAAUGGUUUUAUUGGGAAUUGUGUUGGUUUUAACGGGAACUCUCAUAUAAUUUUGUAAUGGUUUUAUUGGGAAUUGUAUUGGUUUUAACGGGAACUCUCAUAUAAUUUUGUAAUGGUUUUAUUGGGAAUUGUAUUGGUUUUAACGGGAACGCUCAUAUAAUUUUGUAAUGGUUUUAUUGGGAAUUGUAUUGGUUUUAACAGGAACUCUCAUAAUUUUGUAAUGGUUUUAUUGGGAAUUGUAUUGGUUUUAAUGGGAACUCUCAUAAUUUUGUAAUGGUUUUAUUGGGAAUUGUAUUGGUUUUAACGGGAACACUCAUAAUUUUGUAAUGGUUUUAUUGGGAAUUGUAUUGGUUUUAACGGGAACACUCAUAUAAUUUCGUAAUGGUUUUAAUGGGAACGCUCAUAUAAUUUUGUAAUGGUUUUAUUGGGAAUUGUAUUGGUUUUAAUGGGAACUCUCAUAAUUUUGAAAUGUUUUAUUGGAAAUUGUACUGGUUUUAACGGGAACGCUCAUAUAAUUUCGUAAUGGUUUUAAUGGGAACUCUCAUAUAAUUUUGUAAUGGUUUUAUUGGGAAUUGUAUUGGUUUUAACGGGAAUGCUCAUAUAAUUUUGUAAUGGUUUUAUUGGGAAUUGUGUUGGUUUUAACGGGAACUCUCAUAUAGUUUUGUAAUGGUUUUAAUGGGCACUCUCAUAAUUUUGUAAUGGUUUUAUUGGGAAUUGUAUUGGUUUUAACGGGAACGCUCAUAUAGUUUUGUAAUGGUUUUAAUGGGAACUCAUAUAAUUUUGUAAUGGUUUUAUUGGGAAUUGUAUUGGCUUUAACGGGAACGCUCAUAUAGUUUUGUAAUGGUUUUAAUGGGAACUCAUAUAAUUUUGUAAUGGUUUUAUUGGAAAUUGUAUUGGUUUUAACGGGAACGCUCAUAUAGUUUUGUAAUGGUUUUAUUGGGAACUCUCAUAUUAUUUUGUAAUGGUUUUAAAGGGAACUCUCAUAUAAUCUUGUAAUGGUUUUAUUGGGAAUUGUAUUGGUUUUACCUGGAACUCUAAUGGUCCUACUGGUAGUGUUACCUUCUGUUAGAUGCAUGUUGUGUAGCGUCUAGUGGAUACCAUUAAGAAACAAUAAAGGUAAUGGUUUUAAUGGUUGUUAACAGUUGAUGGUUUGUAAUGGUAUUUGCAGUGGAAACCAUUACUGUGAUACUGAACAACUAUUGUUGUUUUUGUUUUUUUUAAUAAAACGUAUAAAUAAAGUAAAACUUUUGGUUUGUCUGAUUUUUUUUUGUUGUUGUUUUUUUUGUUGACCGACAGGGGGCGUGGUUUCCGGAGUCGUCGUCCUCUUCAUCAGAAGGAGGAGAGUUGUCGGUCUGACGUCAAGCACGCUGGCCACGCCCCCUCUUUCUGGCCGUUAGAGGGCGGGGCUGGGAGCAGGAGGCUGAGCCUGAUCCCCACGUGUGACGAUUUUGCCUUCCCGCUUCGGUAAUAUUCCUCCUGCGCUUCUGUUUUGCGCCUCGUCCCACUCUCUCUCUCUCUCUCUCUCUCUCGCUCUCCCUCCCUCCCUCCCUCCCCGUUCUGUAUGUGUGUGUGUAUGAGAGAGAGUCAGUGUGUGCGUGUGUGUGUGUGUGUGAGUGUGUGAGAGAGAGUGUGUGCGUUUCGUAGUUUUACUGCCCUGUAGUUUUUUUUUGUGAGACAGCGCGCUAUGGAUGGAGACGGGAGCCAAGCCACGUCCGGAAGCCCGAGCGACACGCAGCAUGACCCGGGCAAAAUGUUUAUCGGUGGCCUGAGCUGGCAGACCUCACCAGACAGCCUUAGAGAAUAUUUCAGCAAAUUUGGAGAGAUCAGAGAAUGCAUGGUGAUGCGAGACCCCACAACCAAACGCUCAAGAGGCUUCGGGUUCGUUACGUUCGCUGACGCGGCCAGCGUAGAUAAAGUCCUAGCUCAGCCGCACCACGAAUUAGACUCAAAGACGAUUGACCCUAAAGUGGCCUUCCCUCGCCGCGCUCAGCCUAAGAUGGUCACAAGAACGAAGAAAAUAUUUGUGGGUGGUCUGUCAGCGAACACAGUGGUGGACGACGUGAAGCAGUAUUUCGAGCAGUUCGGGAAGGUAGAAGACGCUAUGCUAAUGUUCGACAAGACCACUAACAGACACAGAGGCUUUGGCUUCGUAACCUUUGAGAACGAAGACGUCGUAGAGAAAGUCUGUGAAAUUCAUUUCCAUGAAAUCAAUAAUAAAAUGGUAGAAUGUAAGAAGGCCCAGCCCAAAGAGGUGAUGUUCCCCCCGGGCACACGGGGCAGGGCCAGGGGUCUGCCCUACACCAUGGACGCCUUCAUGCUGGGAAUGGGCAUGCUGAGUUACCCGAACAUCGUGGCGACGUAUGGGCGUGGAUACACUGGAUUCGCUCCGAGUUAUAGCUACCAGUUUCCCGGUUUCCCGGCAGCGGCGUACGGUCCGGUGGCGGCGGCGGUGGCGGCAGCACGAGGCUCAGGUAGGGGCGCCCGAGGAAGAGGCAGCUACGUGGCGUACCCACAGAACACGGGGCCAGGCUUUCCCGAUUAUGGGUUUUAUUCCGCGCCCAGUGACCAGCGGGGGGCUCCCUGCUCCUUUGCCGACUAUGGCUCCCUGGGGCCUCAGGCGGCUCAGAUGCUGCAAAGCGAGCACGCCACAUCCGCCUGCAACUCUCCCCUGCAGCACCUUCACAGCCCGGAUCAGUUUAAGAGCCCAGGUUUGUAUGGCGCUAACCCCGCUCGGCCUGGAGCCUUCCCGGGUGCCAACAGUCCGGGGCCCGUAGCCGAUCUGUACGGCCCGACUAGUCAGGAAUCGGCCGUGGGGAACUACAUCAGUGCUGCUAGUCCUCAGCCUGGCUCCGGCUUCAGCCACGGCAUUGCUGGCCCCUUGAUUGCGACGGCUUUUACAAACGGAUACCAUUGAAACCUAACAGGUGGUCGGUCGCCAUCUCAGUGGAGUGUAAAUCUGGAGGUCCUGGGAAGAAGGGCCGAAGUUUCUAACUGGUCGUGUACAGGUGAUGACUUGAGACUUCAAGCACUGCAGCAUCCCAUUGGUGAAAGGGACAGGGGGUGGCACCAUGAAGAAGAAAAGAACAAAGGAUAUGUUAAGCUCAUUUAAAAAAAAAAGAAAAAAAAAAUUAUUAAUAAUUAUAAUAAUAACUGCUGUACCAUAACCCCCACCACCCUCUUGUAACCACGUAGCUUUUAUUUGUUCUGUAUGGUAUUUUAUUUCUCUUUAUUUUCUGAUGCUUUUAGUUGGUUAAGUUGCAUAGUUGAUAAACAACGAAGAAGAAGAAAAAAAAAAAAUGGUUUGGUUGGUUUGUGAUCAUUUAGAUUUUUUUUUUUUUUUAAUUUCUAUUUCAUGUGAAUUUUCUUUCGGCAUUUUGGAAAGUGUAGUUUGUGUGUUUACUGGUCAUGUCUGAAUUACCUUUGGUACCAAUUGUUGUAAAGCUCCGAUUUUAUGGUGUCAUAUUUGCACAAAAACAGUUAACGAUCCAGCGUUACAGCUAUGAGAGAGAACAUUUCAUUUCGAGUGAAAAACCGAGAGGGUAACCGAUCUAAUCAAUCUUAGUAGCUGUUUUUAAUUCUUGUGAUGUCUCAUUGUCGAUCAUAAUUACCUAUUUUUGGGCAAUACAAAGAGGACUCCAAUAUUUUUAUGGUCCUUUUUUUUUAUGUGUUGUU